AUGGCCGAGUCCUCUGCAACCGGUGGCGAAGCCCCCCAGGCAAACAAGCCUCCUGUCGCCAUUGUCUGCGUCGGCAUGGCUGGAUCUGGAAAGACUACCUUUAUGCGACGCAUCAACGCUCAUCUUCACCAGAACGACACUCCUCCAUAUGUCAUUAACCUCGAUCCUGCCGUUUUGUCGGUGCCUUUCGAGUCUAACAUCGAUAUCCGCGAUUCGGUCAACUACGAAGAGGUCAUGAAGCAAUACAACCUUGGCCCCAACGGUGGAAUUUUGACUUCUCUUAACCUCUUCGCUACAAAGGUCGAUCAGAUCGUCAACCUGCUCGAGAAGCGCGCCCAGCCCGAUCCCGAGAAGCCCGAUCGCAAACCUAUUGAUAGAAUUCUUGUCGACACGCCCGGACAGAUCGAAGUCUUUGUCUGGUCCGCCUCUGGAACUAUUCUCCUCGAGUCGCUUGCGUCUUCUUUCCCUACAGUUAUCGCAUAUGUUAUCGAUACCCCUCGAACUGCGUCUACCUCGACAUUCAUGUCCAACAUGCUUUACGCCUGCUCUAUUCUCUACAAGACCAAGCUUCCCAUGAUUCUGGUCUUCAACAAGACUGAUGUCAAGGAUGCUGAAUUUGCGAAGGAGUGGAUGACCGACUUUGAGGCUUUCCAGGAGGCUCUACGAAAGGAUGAGGAGUCAGACGAGCUGGGUGGUGUUGAGGGCGGUGGCCAUGGUGGCAGCGGAUACAUGGGCAGUCUGCUCAACUCGAUGAGUCUCAUGCUGGAGGAAUUCUACGCCCAUCUCAGUGUUGUCGGUGUAAGUUCACGAUUGGGUACUGGUGUAGAUGAGUUCUUUGAGGCUGUCGAGGAGAAGAGGGAGGAAUUCCUGCGUGACUACCUCCCCGAGCUUGAGCGAAGGAAGGCAGAGCGCGAGGAGCAAAAGAAGGCCACUCGUGAGAAGGAGCUGGAUAAGAUGAUGCAGGGCAUGUCAGUUGGUGGUCUGCCAGUAGCCAAGGAAGAGGACGAGGCCGAUGUUGCCAGCGACGAUGAUGGCGAUGACACCGAUUCUGACGAGGAGGCUCAGAAGCAAGGUCUUCAAGACCGAUACCAGCAAGCUAUGGGAGACCAGGAUGAUUCCGUCAUGGCGGAUGCAAGUUUCGCAAAGUACCUUUACACUCAAAGGCAAUGA